AUGAGGUUUUUUACCACACUCGCUUUUAUUGCAGCUGUUGCAUUUGUUGCUCUCGGUGUCGAAGCACAAUCAUCGACCCCUACUUCGUCAGCGGCACUUCCAUCAUUCACUUACAAUCUUGUUAACGAACCUCUUGGGGAUCGACAAAACCUCUGCAAUCAAAACAUUGCAUAUUGUCAGAACAACUGCGGUGGUAUUAAUGAAGCGCCAAAGAAUUUCUGUAAUGUUACCACUAUGGGCUGGGGAUGCUGCGGAACUCCUAAACAACCUCCGGCUUACUAUGAAGUUGACGAUGCCUCCACUACCCCUACUUAUGGACCAGCAUCAAAUAGUAGCAGUAGUACUUCGACUGUUGGAUCUACCUCCAGUAGUAGUACUUCUAGUCCAAACAAUAACAGUACGACGACACAAAGCAGUGCAAACGCUUUAUCAUAUUCAAUGAUUUAUCUAUUGAUUGUUGUAGCCGCUGGUAUGAUGACGCUUUAG